GAGGUCCGGCGGCGAGCGUGACCUCACGGGGAGGGGCCAGCGCGGCGGCCGGGGCGCGGAGCCGAGCGCCGAGAGCGCAGCGCGGGAGCCGAGCGGCCGGGAGCGCACGCCGCGGCCCCGAUGGAGCGGUACAAAGCCCUGGAGCAGCUGUUGACAGAGCUGGACGACUUCCUCAAGAUUCUCGACCAGGAGAACCUGAGCAGCACAGCUGUGGUGAAGAAGAGCAGCCUGGCCGAGCUCCUCCGGGUCUACACCAAGAGCAGCAGUUCUGAUGAGGAGUACAUUUAUAUGAACAAAGUGACCGUCAACAAGCAGCAGAAUGCGGAGUCCCAAGGCAAAGCAACCGAGGAGCAGAACCCACUGGCCAACGGGGAGCCUGGCCAGCACUCUCUGGCCCCACAGAAGAGUCUUCCAGAACUCCCGCCACCCAAGAUCAUUCCAGAGCGGAAACAGCUCUCCAUCCCAAAGAUCGAGUCUCCAGAGGGUUACUAUGAAGAGGCUGAGCCGUACGACGCAUCCCUCAAUGGUCACUCUGGCGGAUUUUCCCCCACUGGAGUCCCCAGAUGGGUGCAGGUGCCUGAGGGAGUCAUUUACGCCACGAUCACCUUGGAGGAUGGAGAGGCGGUGAGCAGCUCCUAUGAGUCCUAUGAUGAAGAGGAAAACAGCAAGGGCAAGUCGGCCCCCCACCAGUGGCCCUCGCCGGAGGCCAGCAUCGAGCUGAUGCGUGACGCCCGCAUCUGUGCCUUCCUGUGGCGUAAGAAGUGGCUGGGGCAGUGGGCCAAGCAGCUCUGCGUCAUCAAGGACACCAGGCUCCUGUGCUACAAAUCCUCCAAGGACCACAGCCCGCAGCUGGACGUGAACUUGCUGGGCAGCAGCGUCAUCCACAAGGAGAAGCAAGUGCGGAAGAAGGAGCACAAGCUGAAGAUCACGCCCAUGAACGCCGACGUGAUUGUGCUAGGCCUGCAGAGCAGGGACCAAGCGGAGCAGUGGCUUAGGGUCAUCCAGGAGGUGAGUGGCCUGCCUGUAGAAGGAGCGUCCGACGGAAACCAGUACAGCCCAGAUGUCCAGCGUCUGAACUGUCAGAAACUAGAUGUAACGGAGAAGUACCUGUCAGCCCCGGAAUAUGGAAGCUCCAUAGAAGGCCACGCCGAGGUCCCAGAGGCCAAAGAUGUCAAGAAGAAGUCUUCUCCUGGCCUCAAACUGAGCAACCUAAUGAAUCUGGGCAGGAAGAAAUCUACCUCGCUGGAGCCUCCGGACAGGUCCCUCGAGACAUCCAGUUACCUGAACGUGCUGGUGAACAGCCAGUGGAAGUCACGCUGGUGCUCUGUCAGGGACAGUCACCUGCAUUUCUACCAGGACCGGAACCGGAGCAAGGUGGCCCAGCAGCCCCUCAGCCUGGUGGGCUGUGAGGUGGUCCCGGACCCGAGCCCUGACCACCUCUACUCCUUCCGCAUCCUCCACCGUGGCGAGGAGGUGGCCAAGCUGGAGGCCAAGUCUUCUGAGGAAAUGGGCCACUGGCUGGGCCUCCUGCUCUCUGAGUCAGGCUCCAAGACAGACCCGGAAGAAUUCACCUACGACUACGUGGAUGCCGACAGGGUGUCCUGUAUCGUGAGUGCGGCCAAAAAUUCUCUGCUACUGAUGCAGAGAAAGUUCUCAGAGCCGAACACUUACAUCGACGGCCUGCCCAGACAGGACCGUCAAGAGAUGCUGUACGAUGACGUGGCGACGUCAGAGCUGACGGCUGUGGUGGAAACGCCAGAGGAAGCUGCCCCUGGGACAGAUGCUCUGAGUGAGUCCCCACCCGACCGCGUCUACCUGGACCUCACACCUGUCAAGUCCUUUCUGCACAGUUCCAGUGGUGCACAGUCUCGGGCCCAGUCCCCACUGCCACCCCAGCCGGACCCUCCUGCCGAGACUCUCCCUGCAGACCUGGGCCCUGCCCCCGAUGAGCCCCUGGUAGAGUCUCCAGAGAACCCCGAGCUGCAGCAGACUCUGCGGCAGGAGAGUCCAGAGCCCGAGGAGCCUUCCCUGAGAACCACAACAGUCAAAAUCCAGACUGAGCAGCAGAAAAUCUCCUUCCCGUCAAGCUGCCCCGACACGGCGGCCGUCACCCCAGCCGGAGCCAGCCCACCUGUGAAGGAGAGGUUGAGGGUGGCCAGUGCAGAGAUCAAACUUGGCAAGAACAGGACAGAAGCGGAGGUGAAGCGGUACACGGAGGAGAAGGAGAGGCUGGAGAAGAAGAAGGAAGAAAUCCGGGGGCACCUGGCUCAGCUCCGGAAAGAGAAACGGGAGCUGAGAGAGACCAUGUUAAAAUGCACAGACAAGGGCGCCCUGGCCAGCCUGGAGCAGAGGCUGAAGGAGAUUGACGAGGAGUGCCGGGUGGAGGAGAGAAGGCGUGUGGAUCUCGAGCUCAACAUCGUGGAGGUGAAGGACAACCUGAAGAAGGCGGAGGCCGGGCCCGUGACGCUGGGCACCACUGUGGACACCACACACCUGGAGAACGUGAGCCCCCGACCCAAAGCCGCCACCCCCACCCCUGCCCCAGACUGUACCCCCGUCAACUCGGCAACAGCCCUCAAGAACAGGCCUCUUUCGGUCAUGGUCACGGGCAAAGGCACCGUCCUCCAGAAAGCCAAGGAAUGGGAGAAGAAAGGAACAAGUUAGGAGACAAGCUUCAUCGAAAGACUCUCCUGCCAUCACGGACCUUGGUGACAAUCCUACUUCAUUAAAGUCUUCGUGAGAGCAGCGACUCUGUCAAGAGGCGAGUCUGCUCCGAAGGAAAAGGAAGGACUGUGGUCCUCUGGGCGGAGAGCAUGGCUCAGAGGAGGCUCUGUCCGUUUUCAGAGCCAAAGGAAAUAAUACAACAACAAAAUAGAGGGCUUCUCUGGGGACCUAACUUGCUACUGGAUGGAAACAAGACAUUGCUGUGUUUAGGGGUCUUCUGUGUUUUUUCUUUGAUGUUUUCAUCAACUGCUUUAUCAAGCUUUUUAAGUAGGGAAAAGCAUCUGAUGGUGGGACUUUGGUGGAAAAGAAAUCAAGGCAGCAGGACCCUGUUCCACUGGUCAUGUGGCUUGGGUGACCGAGGAGACCUCAACUCCUGCCAUCUCUCGUCCAAGCUUCGACUUCUCUCCAACAUGAGCAGGUCCGACUCUGUCUUCUGUGGUUUUAAACAGCAUCACGACCACCCGUGUGAAGCCAUCCAUGACAAGCAUCUUGAGAAACAGUAACAGCGAGAAUAUUUGGGACCAAGAUGAGGGGCUGUCCCCACUAAAGGACUUUUUUCCAGCCUAAAGCAGGCUUGAAUCAAUUGCUUUUAAAUAAAAUUUUAAAUGAUACUGUAUUAUAUAGGGGGGGGAAGUUCAUAAUCCUGUAAUUUAGAACAGCAAAAAGUGUCUUUUUCAGAUUUAGAAGGAUCUUUUUAAGGUCUGACUUUUUACAUUACUGUAGGAGGAAAGGUCACCCGGUGUUUACAGAUGCAGUCCUGUGGCCGGGCCAUUUUUCGGGGAGAAGUUCUUUUAAGUUCUGCUUAAUGUCCAGGCGCCUUCCAAGAAAAACAUGGUGAAUUCUGUUUCAGGUUGACACUGUCCUCCUCCUAGAAUUGGCAGUGCUGUUGAUUGUGUCUUUUCUUCUGAUGCAGUGUUUUGUUUUGUUUGUUUUUAACACUGAUUGAAACAUUUCAUCCGCCAUUCCUGCCGCCUUUCUGGGGGUUGUCAAUCAGCAUUCUCUAACACUGGUUCCUGAGAACUAAAGGUCUCUCGAUUUCUGUUGUCUUCCUAAUCCCAGGGCAUUUAUUUCCUUUGUCAUAUACACUUGGUGUCCUUUACCAAGUGGUGAGUUCGAUUUUUUUUUUUUUAAUAAAACAUUACCUGUAUUUUGGGGUUUUCUUGUA